AGUUAAACCUGUUGGACUGUGUAUAUUCGGUUGGAAAUAAAGGUGUAAUGGAGUUAUUGUGUGAUUGCUGAUCGUUAGCAGUGAUCGGAGGGAAUUGAACUUGCUGUGUAAACAGAGGGAUUGGUACGCGUUAAAGAUGGACCUUAAACUACUUUUCAUAUCAACGUUGUUAGGUGUCAUAUGCUACAGCAGCGCCCAGCUAGAGGGUAACGAGUGCAUUAAGGCUAAUGCCGAAUCCUGCGGAGAGUGCAUCCAGGUCGGAGCCAAGUGUGGCUGGUGCAUGGAUCCAGAGUUCUUAAAGCAGGGUGAGCCGACAUCAGCGCGUUGUGAUGAGCUGGAGUCCCUUAAGAAGAGAGGAUGUAUGGCGUCCAAUAUCGAAAACCCUCAAGGGAGUCAGAAAAUCUUCAAGAACAAACCUGUGACCAACCGCAAGAAAGGAGGCGAUAAACUUAAACCUGAAGACAUCACCCAGAUCCAACCCCAGAGACUUGCACUUAACCUCAGAUCCGGGGAACCACAAACAAUAAAUCUGAAGUUUAAAAGAGCAGAAGACUAUCCCAUAGACCUGUACUACCUUAUGGACCUCUCUUUCUCCAUGAAGGAUGAUCUGGAAAAUGUGAAAAACCUGGGUACCAGCCUAAUGCUGGAGAUGUCCAAAAUCACCUCUGACUUCAGAAUUGGUUUUGGUUCGUUUGUGGAGAAGACAGUCAUGCCCUAUAUCAGCACCACUCCUGCCAAACUUCUAAAUCCCUGCACCGGAGACCAGAACUGUACAAGUCCUUUUAGCUACAAGAAUGUCCUAAGGUUAACCAGUAACGGAGAGCAGUUUAACACACUGGUGGGUCAGCAGCAGAUCUCUGGCAAUCUGGAUUCUCCAGAGGGAGGGUUUGAUGCCAUCAUGCAGGUGGCUGUAUGUGGGGAGCAUAUUGGAUGGAGGAAUGUCACUCGUUUACUGGUCUUUUCCACGGAUGCUGGGUUUCACUUUGCUGGUGAUGGAAAGCUGGGUGGAAUUGUACUACCCAAUGAUGGCAAAUGCCACCUAGAAAACAACAUGUACACUAUGAGCCACUAUUAUGAUUACCCAUCGAUUGCACAUCUGGUGCAGAAACUGAGUGAGAAUAACAUCCAGACCAUCUUUGCUGUCACUGAGGAAUUUCAGCCUGUAUAUAAAGAAUUAAAAAACCUGAUUCCAAAAUCUGCAGUGGGAACACUGUCAUCUAACUCCAGCAAUGUCAUCAAUCUCAUUAUUGAUGCAUACAAUUCUCUGUCCUCUGAGGUAAUUCUGGAGAAUAGUAAACUGCCUGAAGGAGUCACCAUCACGUACCAGUCCCGCUGUAAAAACGGGGUGGUGAGUACAGGAGAGGAGGGACGCAAAUGCUCCAACAUCUCUAUCGGAGAUGAGGUCUACUUCAGCAUCAACAUCACCGCUAAUGGCUGCCCGAAACAAAGCAAGCAUGAAACAGUAAAGAUCAGACCGCUGGGCUUUACUGAGGAAGUGGAAAUCAGACUCAGCUUUAUUUGUAACUGUGAGUGCCAGAAGGAAGGCCUCGUAAACAGUAACCUCUGCCAUAAUGGCAAUGGCACCUUUGAGUGUGGAGCCUGCAGGUGCAAUAAGGGACGUAUCGGGAGAGAGUGUGAGUGUCAAAAGGAUGAGGUGUCCAGCGAGGAUCUGGACAAGAAUUGCCGUAAGGACAAUAGCACGGACCUGUGCAACAACAACGGCGAGUGCGUGUGUGGCAAGUGUGAGUGUAAAAAAAGGGACAAUCCUGAGGAGUACUACAGCGGCCAGUACUGCGAUUGUGACAACUUCAACUGCGACCGUUCCAACAACAAGCUCUGUGGAGGUCACGGUCGAUGUGAAUGCAGAGUGUGCAAUUGUGAUGCCAACUACACAGGAAGUGCAUGUGACUGCUCUUUAGACACGUCUACCUGUCUAGCCGCCAAUAAUCAGAUCUGUAACGGCAGAGGAACUUGUGAAUGUGGCACCUGCAGGUGCAAUGACCCAAAAUUCCAGGGACCAACAUGUGAGAUCUGCCCCACCUGCCCUGGAGUCUGCAUUGAACACAAAGCGUGUGUACAGUGUCGAGCUUUUGGUACAGGAGAGAAGAAGGAUACCUGUGAAAGAGACUGUAACUACUUCACUCUGAUCAAGGUGAAAGAUACCGCAAAGCUUCCUCAGCCUGUUCAGAGCUUCCCUGUUGCCCACUGCAAGGAGCGAGAUGCCAAUGACUGCUGGUUCUACUAUACAUAUGCUGUCAGAAACUACACAGAGGUCCAUGUUGUGGAGACAUUAGAAUGCCCAGCUGGUCCUGAUAUAAUCCCCAUUGUGGCUGGAGUGGUUGCGGGAAUUGUGCUGAUCGGUUUGGCUCUCUUGUUAAUCUGGAAACUUCUCAUGAUCAUUCAUGACCGUCGUGAGUUCGCCAAGUUUGAGAAAGAAAAAAUGAACGCUAAAUGGGAUACGGGAGAAAAUCCAAUCUAUAAAAGUGCUGUCACUACCGUCAUCAAUCCCAAAUAUGAAGGCAAAUAAUGCACGCCAUCACUGUGCCUUAAACAGCAGUCUUAAUUUGAAUUUUAAAUAUCUUUCCAUAUACUUUUUAAGUUUUUUCUUGUAAAACUAUGCAUUUAUAUUGUAGCACUGUAAUAGGACACAAUAUAAUGCAUCUCAUCUCUGUUUAUUGAACUACAUGUACAGUUUGUAUAGAAUUUACUGAUAUCGAAUUUUGUUUUAAGUACUGUUUCUAUUCUUGCAUACUCUUUAUAUAGUCAUGCUUUUUUUUGUGUAUAAACAUUUCACUUAAUGCUGAUGCAUAGACCGCUGUUAAUAAUUUAAUAACUGGACUUAAAGUGAUAAAGAAAAGCAAGUACUUAAGUAUAUGUCCACUGUUAAUGCACAUAUAAUGUGUUCUGACUUUGUACCUAUAAACAAAAAAAGGUGUACUUCAUUUAAUUUUCAUGUUUUACCACUGGUCAGGGUUGCAGUGGGCACGGUUUCCCCGGAAUAACACACUCCGGACAGGAUGCCAGUCUAUCACAGGCCAAUCCUCGGCCAAAGACAACACCAAUCAUGUCUGUAUGUAGAUGCCUGACAGCGUCCUGGCUGCAUAGGCUGUGGGUUCAAACUUGGAUCUCAGUGGUAGUGGUCUUGCAUAAUUUACCACUGUGCCACCCAGGCACCCAAAAUUAUAAUUCUAAGCAUAAACACGGAUAGGUUUACGAAAUUAAAUUAGUAGGGAAAUGAUUUAAAUACCAUGAAUUAAUAAUAUUAGCUCAAUAUUAACUAUUAUCAUUACAUUUAUGUUUUUUAUAACGGCAUACAAUGCUUACUACCAUUUUGGAAGCAAAGAAGCAGGGUAUCAUGUUCUUCAGAUUAUAUGUGCAACCCUGGUUUGGUCAAACAUGAUACACUAAAUUAUUGUUUACUUUUGUACUAUUUUUGUGUUCUGAUCACAAAACAAAAUCCAAAAGUGUUCUAAUUUGUCUUAAUGCGUACAGUAUAUGCAAAAUAGUUUUAUUUUAGCAGAGUAGUUUUGUAUGGGGUGCAAGUGGCAAUUAAUGCAGUGUAGUUAAUUGCUUAUUGUUUACACUAUAACAGUGAUUUCUGCUGCCUUUGGGUCAUCCUGCAACUCUUUUUAAAUGACUGAUAGCUUCCUCACUUCCUUAUAUUUGAAAGCAUGUUAUGAAAUGUUCCACCUGAUGAUAUCAAGCCAUAUGUAAUGCAGGUAUAUUAAGUAGCAGAGAAAAGUAGUUAAAUACAUCUCACUGUAAUGUGUAAAACAGACCUUUAUGAAGACAUUGACUGGUCAUUCUGUAUUUCUGUACAGUCUGUCUGAUUAUAUCACACAUGUACUAUUGUGUAUGAAUAGCAGGUUUUAUGAUCUCAUGACAAUCAGGUAUAGUUUGUUUUUGUUGUUAUUAUUACAUUAAUGAAUUUAUAGGUACAUGCUAAGCAUAUACAUAACAUGAGCAUAACAUGUAGCUAUAGACUUAUGUUAUGAAAUGUGCUACUUUGAUUAUAGUCUACAGCAGUAGUAUGCCAUAUGGGCAAGUCCUUUGUGUCUGGUGCACAAAAUGUGAUUUUUGGUGCAAUUUUUCAUUCAUUGACAAAUUUUGCAUAAAUGUACAACCUAAAACAAAAUACUGGAUUUUGUAGCGUGUUUAAUAAUAAUAAUAAUAAUAAUACAUUUUAUUUAUAUAGCGCUUUUCAAGAUACUCAAAGACGCUUAAAAUUUAAAAUUAAUAAUGUAGCCAAUAAUGUAAGCAAUAGUAAAUGACAUCACAAGAGAACAUAUAGAAAUAAGAGACAAGAGACAAGAAGAGUGCAGAAUAAAAAAAAACAUUGCUGUUGCAAAAAACACAAUGUUACCAAAAUUAUUUUAAAUGUUACUAUUUACAAGGUGAUUUGGAACAAUGAAUGUCAGCUCACAGAUAGCAGCAGCCCCUCUUCUCCUAAGUUUUAGUUUAAUUGACUAAAUUGAUUAAGUGUAAUUAAGGACACAUCAGGAGAAUAGACUUGAGCUUAAUGAUGCACAGAGUGGUACUGAAAUGUUUGAUUCCCACCAUGGAUCUGGCCUUACUAGCACCUUGCAUCUCAUUCCUUAUCUCUUGGUUCAGUUGUAUGUGGGUAAAAGGGACAAAGCAACACAAACAUGGAGGAGGAAAAGGUUCCAUUCUAAAACAGUUAAUUCAGAUUGAUAUCAUGCUUUGCAUAUCCUGAAUACUGUAGAUAGGCACAUGACAUCUUAAAGCCUGCUAAGCAGCCCAAAUUAAACAUCAGGUUUAUCUCUGAUGUUAAUUUGCUUUUUAAAUCAAUUGUAUGCUCAUGUGGUUAAGUCAUGUUAGUUGUACAAUAAUUCUAAGGUUUUAAAACUCCUGUUGUGUGCAUCAGGCCUUGGUGGGGUUUUGAUUAAAAAAGGCACUUGUUCCUCAAAUACAAAUGUACAAAUUGUGUAGAGCAAAUAUGUAACUGGAUAUCCAAUCACUUAGAUAGUAUUUUGCAAGCAUUCCUGCAAAAGCAACAGAUAGUAACAGACCUUUAUAAGGUAUUCGGAAAGCAGUAUAGUUACUGAUAAUUGAAAUGACCAAACUUACAUUACUGACUAUUUGAUCAUUUUAACAUCCUUUUUUAAAACUGUUUUGCUGAUAUGUGUUAGUGUAGUGAAUUUAUAAGAAGCUAUAUUUACUCUUUAAUACAAACGUUCAGACACCCCCCAGUAUAAUUCCAUGUUUUGUUGACUUUCUAAAAGGAAAAAAUCUCAACACAUUAUUUACAUUUAAUUUGAUGUUAAAUACAUUGUACAAAUCAGUGUUGUUCUUGUAGUUGAACAAAACAUAAAAUUUGACCAGGGCUGUUUUUAAUUAAACUUUAUCUGCUCAAAUAAUAGCAUGGUCAUUUAAAAAUGUCCUAUUUUCAAACUGCAAUUACAUUACUUUAUUUUCACCAAGAUCAACUGAGGUCAUAAAAUGACAACAAUACAAAUCCUAUGCAUUAAAAUGUACCAACUGUGUAAAAUCCUGGUUUGAAACAAUUCCUGCCAUAAUUGUAUUGUUUAAGGUUGUAUGGAUUCAUGCUUUAUUUUCUUAUAUAAAUCAUGUUAUGGCAAACCCAAGUGUACAGU